CAUGAGUUUGCCGUGUUUGCUUCCGAUCUUGACCUUCGUCAUCGUUGAUUUCGAUCUUGAAAUUUUGAAACUUCCAUUGCGCCUAUGCCAUCGUCCUUUUCUGCUUUUUGUUUCAUUGUUCUAAUUUGAAUUAUGUUAUUCUUUGGCUCCUUUACGCGCCAAGCGCUCAGAGGUCCGCGAUGGAGUCAAAUCCGGUCACUGUCCACAUUGGAUGGUUAUCCGUACAUAUAUGUGUUUCGAGACGAUAAGACACAUACAGACAACCAUGUCCUUUCCCUCCUACCUACUGAACCUCCAAAUCCUGACUUAUCCAUCGGCACUACAAACGAACUGCCUCCUACUCCAGCUUCCUUCAAGGAAAACCCUUCUUUUCUAAGAAUACUACAAGACGUUCUUUCUGAGCAUGCGCACGAGGAUCCAGAAGCUGUAUCGCAGGCUCAGGUUAUGGCUUCAACUUCUGGGGCCAACCUAGGUUCUGGCGGUGUCUUCUUUGCGCCUCAACAACACCGCAGGAAGCGACCCGGGUACGGCGGCGGCGGUGGCGCUGGCGGCGAUUCUAGCGGAGGAGCAAGUGGUCAGGGAGGAGCUGGAUCAGGAGGAAGAGGUGGUUGGAUUCACAUAUCCGAUUCCAGAAACCCUCCCGAGUAUGGGAGGAUCGCAUCCCCUGAAGAUAUAUUUGGCAGUUUGGAAGUCGAUUCAAAUGGAGGGUUUGUGGGAGGAAACGGAAAUUAUCAGCCUAGCGGAACAUACCGAAUUGUCACCCGCAACGGAAUUCUCGGCCUCAGUCCAUUCUUGAGAGAAAAGCUCGUCCAGAGGCUUAGAGCUCAAGACAAGUAGGUGCUAAAUCAUCUUAUGAGUGACGAUGGCGCAUCAUUUGCGCGCCCAACUUUGCCAAGGACGGCAUUGUGGUAUGGAAUUAAGACCGUCAUCUCUGGCUCCAACCUUGACGAGCUUUGUCAGUGGUGAGUCGGCCGGUCGCCCUUGUUUUCUGCGACGUAUUUUUGUAUAAUAUGAGAGCAAUUUAUUGAUACUGCUCAUAUGUAUAUAUAGCAGCGAUAUGUAAAUAUAACUCAACUUAUUAUUCUUAGAUGCAUUGCGAUGGUCGUGCGUGGCCAUUUAUGCUGUUCUUGAUGAUCGCCUGCGGCCGCGGAACAUUGUUGAUCCACCCAUUGUUUUCCGUCCCCUAGUAAGCCCCAGCGUGGCAUCACCGGUAUCCAAGCUC